AAGGAGUGCACAUGCGACGUGUUAGGGCUAUAGAGAGGUAGUGAUGCUUUGACAUUUCUCUCCGGUGGUUUUGCGUGCCUUCGUUGGCUUGCGAACUUAAAACGUUAUAGCUCACUCGUUUAAGUAAACAUCAGCUGCCGUAAUUAAGGGGCGCUCGAUGUUCCAUUUCCUAAAGGUUCGUUCGUCGAAAGUGCACUUUCUUGCAGCAGCGUCAUGCUUAGUUGUGGUAGUGCACUUGUCCCAAGUGAAAGCACCGCCGUGGAGAAGCAUCGAAACUGACAAGUCAUCUACCGUCGUCAACGACGACAACGACGCUAGGAGAUCGAGAAUCAAGUCGGUGUGCGAGAGGCACCGUUCGUACCUACCGCUGCAGCGCCCCACUCCUGGUCUUGGCACAAACCUUCCUAGCCGAACGACUAUGCAGUGCGACCCGGGCCAGUGCCCGCUGUUUGUGGACGACUCGCGUUCGCUGGCCUUCUGCUUUAUCGCCAAGGUGGCGUCGACCAGCUUGAAAGGUAUUUUCGCGCCGCUUCUCAACGUCACGGUGGUCGGAAACGGCUCCGACGCCCUGCACUGGUCGUUCCACUACCAGACUCUCCGGUUUGGUCCCAGAACUCUCCUGCAGGGCGAACGAAGUCAUUACACGAAGGUGCUGUUCGUGAGGCAUCCGUUCGAGCGGCUCGUGUCCACCUACAUCGACAAGGCGCUCAGGGGUCCCGUGGAGAUGGCGUGGGCCUACAAUAUCUACUGGUACAAGAUCCCCGGAGUGUAUGCCGAGCAGCGUAGCCCGACGUUCUCGGAGUUCGUGGAAUUUGUGCUCUCUACAACUGCGGAGAGCGCGGACGUGCACUGGUCUCCGUAUUACGCGCGGUGCCAGCCCUGCCUCCUGGACUACGACUUCAUCGGCAAGCUGGAGACAGCGGGCAGGGACUUCCCGCUCUUCUUCUCCCUCGCGGGCAUCGAAGGGAAGGCGGACGUUCUUGGUCACGACAACAGUAGGCACACAGUGAGCGGGAUCAACGCGACAGACGCGAAGCACUACUUCAAGCAGCUGUCGUUCCACCAGGUCAUGAGACUGUACGCCUGGUACUUUUAUGACUUCGAGCUGUUCGACUACGACUUCAGGGACUAUUUGCCGUAGCCCAUAAGGGAGGGAGGGAAAGAAAGAUGGGCAGGAAACGAAGGAAACACCGACGAACGCACGGACGGACAGUCAGAUUAAACUCAACGUUCAUGUACAGAG